AGUGCGUUUGCUUGGCGACCCUCUGUUUCAUGUAUUCUUAGCAUAUGACCAUGGCGGCUCGCAUCGUCGUCCCAGCGCUGCUUGCGACGACUGUUGCAGGCGCAGCCGUUGCCACUGUGCUACUGCUUCGGAGGAAUGGAAAAUGCGUAAAGAAAGCUUCGUUGACGGUCCGUGGACUGCUGGAGCUUGAGAAGGCAUGUGAGGAUGCGGACGCUCGCGAGACCGUCGCGGUGGUGGAGCUGCAGGGCAUCGCCCUUUACGCGGGGGUACCGCCCGUGGUGACGACGCUGCGCACGCUCGUGCGCCUGGAUCUCGGAAGCACUGGCAUCGCACAGCUGCCUGCCUCCAUCUCCAACUUGACUAACCUCCAGGUGCUGCUGGCGCCGCGCAACAAGCUCACGGCGCUGCCUGAUGCGCUGGCGGGCCUGGCGGGCAGCCUGGUGCAGCUGGACGUGGGCAGCAACGCGCUGGAGGCGGUGCCGGACUCGCUGUUCUCGCUCUCCCGCCUGCGCACCCUCAACCUGAUGGGCAACCAGCUGACGCGGCUGCCGGAGCGCUUCGGCGACCUGCGCGGCCUGCGGCUGCUGGGGCUCAAGAGCAACAAGUUGACGCAGCUUCCCGCCAGCUUCUCCCGCCUCACGGACCUGGUGGAGCUGUUCAUCACCGACAACCAGCUGACGGACCUGCCGGAAGGCAUGUCAGCCUGCACUUCGCUGGUGAAGCUGCAGGCCUCCUUCAACGCCUUCCGCGCCCUGCCCGCCUGCCUGCUGCACCUGCCGCGGCUGGAGCUGCUGCGGGUGGCCGUGUGCGACAUCAAGUCCCUCCCGCCGCAGCUGCUCCAGGAUGCCGCCGCGCUGCCGCGCCUGGCCUGGUUCAGUGUGGCGGGCAACCCGGUGUGUCCCGGCCCGCCCGCGCCCGCGCCCGGACUGCCGGUGGUGGCGCCAGAGGAGCUGGAGCUGGGGCAGAAGCUGGGGGACGGAGCGUCGGGCGACGUGUACCGGGCCGUGUGGCGUGGCCAGCUGGUGGCUGUCAAGUACUUCCGGGCCGACGUGUCGCCGGACGGCCGCACCGAGGACGAGGUGGCGCUGGCCGUCAGCCUGCAGCACCCGCACCUCACACAGGUGUUGGCCCGGGUGGAAAAGCCGCACGGACUGGUGCUGAGGCUGGAGGCAGGCUCGCCGCUGGCGGCCAAGCCCACCAGUCAGCACCUGCUGCGCUGCAAGUGGGGCGACGACGUCCGCUUCCCGCCGCGCCGGGCGCUGGGGCUGGCCGCGGCUGUAGCGGACGCGCUGCGCUACUGCCACGCCGCCGGCAUCUGCCACGGCGACGUGUACGCACACAACGUGCUGAUGGACGAGAACGGCACUGUGACGCUGUGCGACUUUGGCGCCUCCUUCAGCUACGACCGCGCCGCCCAGCCCUUCUGGGAGGCCAUGGAGGUGCGCGCCUACGGACUCAUGCUCAAAGACGUGGCCGACCGGGCGGCGGCGCCGGCAGCGGGAGCAGCAGGAGGCAGCGGGAGCAGCGGCAAGCUGGCGGGUGCGAAGGAGGCGGUGGUUGAGGCGGAGAAGGGAGUGGUGGCAGCGCUGCAAGGCCUGGCGCAGCGGUGUGCGGAGCUGCCGCCGGCGCGGCGGCCGCUCUUUGGGGCUGUGUGUGCGGAGCUGCAACAGCUGCAGGCCAGCCUUGCAAACUAGUGUUUGUGGUUGUUGUGGUAUUGGUGUUGGAUUGUUAGGUGCUGGUGAGCAUGCAGCAUCGCGAUGUGCCGAACUUGACAUACUUGUCGGAUGCGCCAAAGGCGUGGAGCGCAGCGAUAGAGUAUCGGAGGUGGGGCUUGUGGGACGUCACACACUCCUGAGGAGCUGACUUGAAAUGACAUGACACGAGACGACGUGAGAUACGUGGCUGGGAAGCGGAGGCCAAGGCGGUUGUGAGCCUGCGAGCGCUCCGCUCUCUCGUGCUGCAGAGUGCGGACACGAGGCGGAGAGACGUGUGGCCGUGGUGCGACUGACCCGUGGCUUUGGAAACAUUUGAGGUACACACGCAUGGUUUUCCGUUUCCCGAGUGGGGCCGCUGCGUGGGUGCAAGCCAUGCAUGGCGGCCUGUUGGGGGCUAGUGAUGGGGGCCGCUGCCAAGCUGUAAGGCGCUGGGCAAGCACAAGGCGGUCGUGGACGUACACGAGGAGGCCCAGCGGUUCGGGGCGCCGGACUGGGACGUACUGGGAGUGGGAGGCCUGAAGGUGGUGAGGGAGGUGUGCUCGGACCAAGGGUUGCGUAUGCGGGCGACGCCAGCACUCCACAGUGUCAUUGUGGACUCGGGACAAGGUCCGGCGCACAUGCAACCCGCUGAAGGGUGCUGCACGCAAAGAAUUCGGCUGGAUCUUCAAGCAGUGCAACCUCGGUUGUGAAUUGGAGGGUAAAGCAAGGUGCGCGGCGUCCCGAGUCUUCUGUGAGGGCUGUUCGCUUGUUUGCUUGUAUUGCGUUCUUUCAAGCACGUCAAUGACAUGGCUGGGGGCUGGAUGCUGGUGGAAGGGCAUGGCUGGGAAGUGCAGAGCGCUGACACGGUGGUGUGGUGGGUAUGGCUGGAGAGACAUGGCGCACCCCUUGCUAUGAUAGUGAUGGGACAGUGUGUGGGACUCGACGGACUUGGUCCCAAAUGCUCAAUAGCCAGGCCCAGCACCUCGUGGACGCAUGUAUCUCUAUCAGCGAUGCCCGCACGCACUGUAUCGGUGUGUAUGAUAGCGCGCAAGGCGGCUGUAAAUGGAGUGAUGG